AUGGAAGCAGCAACGCUUGGGACGUCUCUCCCAGUUCCCUGUGUUCAGGAGCUGGCAAAGGAGUCACUAACCACAGUCCCAACAAGAUAUUCGCGUGACCCUCCGAUCAUAAGCGACAUUGCUGCAGCUUCUUCACCCCAGAUUCCAGUUAUUGACAUGCAAAGAUUGAUUUCUGAACAAUUCAUGGAUCUAGAGCUGGAUAAGUUGGACCAUGCGUGCAAAGAAUGGGGUUUCUUCCAGUUGAUAAAUCAUGGAGUGAAUGAUUCAUUGGUUAACAAAGUGAAGGGGGAGAUUCCAGAGUUUUUCGACCUCCCAACGGAAGAGAAAAGGAAGUACUGGCAAACAGCAGGAGAAAUGGAGGGAUUUGGACAAGCUUUUGUUGUGUCUGAGGAGCAGAAGCUUGAUUGGGGAGACAUAUUCUACAUGGUCACUCUUCCAACUCAUGAGAGGAAACCUCAUUUAUUCCCCAAGCUUCCUCAACCACUCAGAGAUACUUUGGAAGCAUACUCAGCAGAACUGAAAAUUCUUGCCUUAAAGAUUCUCUAUCUCAUGGCUAAAGCUCUAGGAAUGAAACCUGAUGAUAUAAAAGACUUGUUCGAAGAUGGGUGUCAGAUGAUGAGGAUGAACUAUUAUCCACCAUGCCCACAACCAGAGCUUGUCAUUGGCCUUAACUCUCACACUGAUGCCACUGGCCUCACCAUCCUCCUCCAAAUGAGUGAGGUGGAAGGGUUACAGAUAAGGAAAUCGGGGAAGUGGAUUCCGGUUAAACCACUACCAGAUUCGUUUGUGGUCAACAUUGGAGACAUGUCGGAGAUUGUGACUAACGGGAUUUACCGCAGCACUGAGCACCGAGCAACUGUUAACUCGAUGAAAGAGCGCCUUUCUCUGGCCACCUUUUACAGCCCCAAUCUAGACAGUGAAAUGGGUCCUGCACCAAGCCUUGUUACUCCAGAGACUCCAGCGCAAUAUAGGAGAAUAAGGGUUGCGGAAUUCUUGAACGGAUAUUUUUCACGUGAACUCGCUGGAAAAUCAUAUAUUGAUGUCAUGAAGAUUCAAAAUGGAGGCGGAGAAGAAAAUUGA